UGCCUAUCGUUUGUAUUUGUAACGGUUUCUCACCGCUGGUUAAAGCGGCGUUUGUGGAGUAUGCCGAAGUUAUUCCUUCAACGCUCAGGUUAAUUUCGCUGGCUGAGUGUUGAAUCUAAAAUCAUUGUGUUGCCGAGUACUUCAAGUGCAUUCAAAAUUCUAUUUUCUAUUUUGUCUAUUUAUUUAUUACUACUACGCAUUACAAUCGUUACACGCCUACAAAACUAACAAAAAAUGGCCGAUGAAAACAAAGUAAACGAAGCAAGCAGCAGCCAGCCACAACCCGGUGAAGACGAAGAGGUCAUCCAGCUUGGAGACCUGCUCAAACAUCAAGAAGAAACCGAAGAAGAAGUCGCCGCUGUCUUGGGUGCAGGCGAUGAAGUGAACUGUAGUUAUGAUCAGGGUUAUAUGAAGAGACAAGCAUUGUAUGCAUGCCUAACUUGUAUUCCUGAAGCUAAGGAUGAUCUUGCCAAAACAGCUGGUUUCUGCUUGGCUUGUUCAUAUCACUGUCAUGAUGGACAUAACUUAGUUGAGCUGUAUACAAAAAGACACUUCAGAUGUGAUUGUGGAAAUAAGAAAUUUGGUGACAUGGUCUGCAAUCUACAUACAGCCAAAGAUGAUUUCAAUACUGAGAAUCUGUACAAUCAGAACUUCACUGGGUUAUAUUGCACAUGUCAUAAACCUUAUCCUGAUCCAGAAGAUCCCAUUGAGGAUGAUAUGAUCCAAUGUGUCAUCUGUGAGGAUUGGUAUCAUUCAAGGCACUUGAAUGCAGCUGCAGUGGUUGAUUUUGCUGAGAUGAUUUGCCAGGUUUGUGUUGCAGCUCAUGAGUUUCUGAUGAGUUAUGCUGGUUUAGCAGUGAUUAAGGUGGAACAUGCCAAAGUUGAUGAACAAGUUAAUGUAACAACAGAUAAUGAGAAUGAUAAAAAGCAAAUAAAUGGUAAUCAUGAAGUUAAAAGUGUGGAAAAUGGCGAGGAGAAAGAAAAAGAAUCAACUGGUGAUGAUAAAAACAUUCCUACAAGUGAUGAGAGUGUGAAAGAUAAAGAAAAUGCUGAUGAAACUGCAAAGACUGAAGAUGUUACAUCAACUACACCAAAAAUCGAUGAAGUAACAACAGUAACUGAUGAAAAGGUAGAAAAAAAUCACGAAAUUCAACCAGAAACAAUGGAAACAAGUGAUCCAAAUUGUACUAAACCAAUUGUAAAGGAAGAAUCUCAACCAAGGACUCUCUUUAUGAAAGAACUCAAAUGGCGUAACAAUCUCUGUAAGUGUGAUGCAUGUCUUGCACUUUACAAACAACACAACGUCGAAUAUCUGCUUGAUAUGGAGGAUACAGUGGAGUUUUACGAGAAUAAAGGAAAAGAAAGACUUCAAGAUGCAAAGAAGAGAGCUAUAGAAGCAGAGCAAAAUAUGUUAAAAUCCAUGCCACGUGCACCGCUCCUCAAUGCGAUUGCAGGUUUUAAUGACUUCAAAGAACAACUCUCGGAUUAUUUGAAACAAUUUGCCGAAGAGAAGAAGGUUUUGACUGUGGACGACGUAAAACAAUUCUUCUCGAAGUUAAACUCUAACAAGAGGCAAAAGACAUCAGAGACGACCUACUUCUGUCGCUAAAGGGUAAACAUUUAUAAUCAGUAUUAACCAGAACAUGACUAGAUUAGUAUUCGGCAAAAUUUGGAUUAAAAUUAUUAGUUUAUUGGUAUCAAUGAGUGUAUCAUUUUGUACACGUCAUUAAAUUAUGUUUGGAGUUGAUCUACAAGUAUUGAACAAUAAAAAAUGUCAGCGAA